CGAACAUAAAACUCGGCUCGGACAUCUUUACGUACAGGUCCUAGAUCUCUGGAUUACGGAUACGUUUCAGCAGGUUUCUUUGCAGAGCCAUCUUCAGUUAUGAAAAGUAUUCCAAAAUUUUCACUAUUCUUCCUCGUGCUGGUCUCGGCCAUUGUUGUAUACUUGCUUUUAAGCCCCUCUUGGAAUAAGAUGAUAUUAAAAUUAGGUGAGCUGACAAAUGUACUUGCAAAUUACCCGGACACAUCAGUUGUCACUGGCCGAAUGAAACUACCAACAGCUAGCCACACAGAGAGUGUGAAACACCCACACCUAUCCACACAGCCUGGAAUUAUGUUUCUGCAGACGUCCAGUCAACUAAACCUUUCACCAUUGGCCAUGUGUGGCAUCGAAUCAGCAGCAAGACUAAACCCAAACAAACCAGUUUAUUUUUUCAUGAUAGCAUUCAAUGGGAAUGUAUCUGCAUAUCGAGAACCUGAGUACGAAACCAUCCCUCUGCUUUCUUCAUUCAAGAAUGUGGUCAUCUUGCCCUUGAAACCUAGAGAAUUGUUCAGCGACACACCCUUGGCUGGAUGGUAUGAGAAGGUAGAUCCCAGCAAGGAAAGGUACUGGUUCCAUGUGCUCGCUGAUGGCUGUCGGCUUGCCUUGCUGUGGAAGUAUGGGGGCAUCUACCUGGACACGGAUAUCAUUUCAAUCAAACCCUUGGACUUCCGAAACUUUGUUGGUGCAGAAUCAGUACGCUUUGCUAAUAACGCAGCUUUGGGAUUUAACCGCUCGCAUUCCUUCGUCGAGAGUUGCUUAAGGGAUUUUGUGGAGAAGUACAAUGGAGCCGCUUGGGGCCAACAGGGUCCUAGACUGAUGACCCGGAUGGUGAAGACGUGGUGUGAAACUGACAAUCUCGCAAACCUCUUCAACAAAGAUUGCAAAGGGAUUAUGUUUUUGUCUGACACCUGGUUUUACCCAAUUCCGUUCAGUAAUUGGAAAAAAUACUUUGAAAAAAAUCAAUGGAACAAAAACAAUGAUGAUAUUGAAAAGGAAUUCUCAAAGACGAAUGGCGUACAUGUUUGGAGUUUUGCAUCUAGUCGCGAGAAGAUCCAAAUCAAAGGAAGUCAAUCUUUAAUAGAAUAUUUCUUCAGCACAUACUGUCCAAGCACAUAUGAAACUCUCCCAAAAUAGUGUGUGAUGUGAGUGUUAGUUUACAUAUUGCUUUACAUGUUUGUAGUUAAAUAACCUAACAAAGUGAUCAUGGUGGGUAGCUGUUGGCCUCAUCUUCAUCUGGAUCUUCCUACUGUCUGUGAAUCAUAGUAAGGAAGGGGAGAAGUGGGAUCCUGCCUCUAGUUUUCCUCCCUAUCUUCCUCCCACCUCACCCCACCAUCUGCCCCCUAUCCGAAACAAAACCUGGAAACCAUGUCCCAUUUUUAUAGAAAGCAAAAGACUGCAGAUGCAGGAACUUCUGAAACAAACACAGAGAAUGCUGGAGAAACUUGCAAAGGAGUUCUGAAGAAAAUCAUUCUGCACCCGACUCUCUUUCUUCUCCACAGAUGCUGAGAGACUUGCUGAUUUCCUCCAACAUUCUCUGUCUGUUUCCAUUUUUGUAAUGCUAAGUGCAGUAUCCUGGGAAAUUGUGCACUAAAAAUGACCAAGAUACCAUGGGCCAGAGGUAAUGUGACUGGGCUAGUAAUUUAGAGGUCCAGGCAAAUGGUGUGUGGGCGUGUGUUCAACUUCCUACCAUGGAACGUAAUUUCAGUUGAUAAACUUGGAUUUGUUGAUUGCUAUAAAAACCCAUCUGGUAUAAGAAUGUCUUUAAGGAGGGAAAUCUACCAACCCCAGUUGGUCUGGCCCACGUGUGACUCCAUACCCAUUUCUCUGACACGACCUAGCAAGCCACUCACUCCAUUGUAUCAAACCACUACAAAGCCUAGAAUAAGGAACAAAACCAGACAGACCACCAGACAUUUCCCCAGGCGCUGCUAACAACCAGACCAUGGUCCCAAACUUGUAAAGUCCUUCUUACUAAUGUCUGGGGACUGGUGCAAAGUGGGAGAGCUGUCCCACAGACCUAUGGAGCAAUGGGCUGACACGCUUGUGCAUGUGGAAUCAUACCUUACACACAAUGCCCCUGACACCGCGAUCAGCAUCCCAGGGUAUGUACUAUCCCACUGACGGGUAGUAUAUAUUUGGGAGGGAGUUGCCCUGGGGGUCCUCAACAUUGACUCCAGACUCCAUGAAGUCGAAUGGUAUCAGGUGAAACAAGAGCAAGGAAAUGUCCUGCUUAUUACCAUGUACUGGCUUCCCUCACUCGGCUGAUGAAUCAGUGCUCCUCCAUGUUGAAUACUACAUAGAGUGAGCACUGAGGGUGAUAAGGGCAUAUGGUGAGGGAUGGGGACUUCAAUGUUUAUCACCAACAGUGACUUGGCAGCACCACUACUGACUGAGUUGAUUAUGUCCUUAUAGACAUAGCUGCUAGACUGAGCCAGCAGCAGGUAGUGAGAGAGCUAACAAGAGGAAGAAACCGACUUGAACCCAUCAUCAUCACUCUCCUUGUGGCAGAUGCAUGUAUCUAUGGCAGUAUCACUGGGGAGGGACUAGCGCACAGUCCUUGGAGACAAAGUCUGUCUUCACUUUGAGAAUACCCUCCAUCAUGUUGUGUGGCAUGGUCACAGUGGCAAAAACAUCAGAUUUUGAAUAGACCUGGCAUCUCAAAACUGGGCACCAUGAAGCACUGUCAGACAUCAGCAUCAGGAAAAUCAUAUUUCACCACAAUCUAUAACCUCAUGGCCUGACAUAUUCCCCCAUUCUACCAUCAGCACUAAGGAUACAAUCUGGUUCAUUAAAUAAUGCAGGAGGAUAGAAGGUAGUGUUCUGCAUGAUAGGUCAUGGGGCACAAUGACGAUACAGUUUCCAAUGGGGGAAGGACUGACUUUGAGAGUGCCUGAGUUAAGAUCAUAGAAUCCCUACAGUGUGGAAACAGGCCCUUCGGCCCAACAAGCCUACACCGAACCUCAGAGCAUCCCACCCAGACCCAUCCCCCUAGAAC